GGCGAUUUGAAUGAUUUUCGCAACUACCAAAGCAAACUGGUAUAAAAAUCGAAUGGAACUCAUCGAACGCGCAUUGCGCAAGUUCGAACCGAGAUCCGAGCAAGCGGUUACCGAAUCACCGCUUUCGUGCUUUUUCAUUCAAAGGGACGCACACAAAAAAGAGAUGGUUGUCAUGUGUCAGUAUACCGUGAGAGGCGACGUUGGUUCGAGCCAGUCCGAGUUGUAGUAAACACUACAAAACUAGACUAUAUUUUAACAAAACAACAAACACGGCGUGUGUUUUGUGCAAGUGUUUCGGCCCCCCUGGGGUCCUACAUGGAUAUGGCCAAAUAUUACCUUAGCACGGACCACCAAUUUAUAAAGAGAGAAGCCGAAGAGUCUGAAGUAGAAUUAAGCGGGGAAGAAGAUUCUGAUGAAUCCGGUGGUCCAGAAAGCAGUUCUAGGUAUAGGAAAUCGAUAAAUAAGGGACGAUGGAGUAAAGAAGAAGAUACUAAAUUGAAGCAAUUAGUCGAAGAAUAUCAAGAUAAAUGGGAAUUAGUUGCCGAGCAUUUUCCUGACCGGUCGGACGUUCAAUGUCAACAAAGAUGGACAAAAGUCGUCAAUCCUGAUUUGGUAAAAGGACCAUGGACAAAAGAGGAGGACGAGAAGGUGAUAGAGCUGGUGAACAAAUACGGCGCGAAAAAAUGGACGCUAAUCGCGCGCCACCUCAGAGGCAGGAUAGGGAAGCAGUGCCGCGAGCGGUGGCACAACCACUUGAAUCCGAAGAUAAAGAAGAGCGCCUGGACCGAACAGGAGGACGAAAUCAUCUACCAGGCGCACCAAGUGCUGGGCAAUCAAUGGGCGAGGAUAGCGAAACUGUUGCCCGGCAGGACCGACAACGCCAUCAAGAACCAUUGGAACUCGACGAUGCGCAGGAAAUACGAGACGGAGCACCGGGAGAACGGCGAAUCGAGGCGAGGACGGCAUCGGAAGAGCGUCGCCAGGCAAGGCGAUGCCAACUUCUAUUCCCAUUACGGACAGCAGAGGUCGCAGGCCUCGCAAGUUAGCUCCGGCGAAAAUGUACCUGGGUUUAAAAGAGAAAAUGAUUGGACGGUGGAAAUGUACGAUCACGGCAGCAGCCAAUCGAGCAACGGGGCGCUUUCGAACGGCGCCCCGACGCCCAGCCCGACGUCCCAAAACCUCCCGAACGCCUACGAGCGAACGACGACGUCUCCGCCGCAAAUGGCGCAAAAUUCCAAAGAUCCGGUUCUGUACAAUUUCGUGAGCGUCUACGGGAACCAGCCGUCGCCGGUGAAACUGACGCCGAUGAACGACGACGCCCUGUCGGACUUCGACAUAGGUUUUUACAAUUCGCCCGGCAUAAGCCCUUUGAAAAAUGGUAGGCAUCAAUCCAAAGCAAUGUUAAUCAACAACAACUUCGGCGCCUCCCGCGCCUCGACGCCUCCCAUCCUGCGGCGGGGAAGGGCGCGAAGGCGGACGGAGAGCUCGGAGAACCAAGACGUCAAUAUCGUGACGAAUCGGAUCGAGGACAUCGAUUUCGGCGGUCCGGGCAAACCGUCGUUUUUCAGCCCGUUGCGGAACGGCGUGUCGCCGAUCAAGCAGCUACCGUUCAGUCCGUCGCAGUUCCUGAACAGCCCCAACAUUUCCUUCGAUCACACGGCUAGUUCGACGCCGAAGGUGGCGCAAAACGGGGUCGUUUCGACGCCCGUCAAGGACAGGACCAAGUUUGAACGAGAUUACAGCCCGUUGAACACGCCCCGCGGCAUUCCCGCCAUCGCCAAAUCCUCCGAACCGAUAGCGUCCUGUUCGACCUCCGAUAUAACGUCUACUCCCACGAAACGGCUGCCCAACGAUACGCCUCGAACGCCCACGCCCUUCAAGAAGGCCCUGGCGGACCUCGAGAAGAAAUCGGGCCCCAUCAAGAACCUGCCCGACACGCCGUCGUCUCGGCUCGAAGACAUCACCGAGAUCAUGAAGAAGGACCAGGACAGCUCCCACUACGACACCGACACCAGUACGAUGGUCACUAACGAAAGUGGCUAUAUAUCCGGAAAUGUGACGGGAAAGCGGAAGAGUCCAACUUCUUCCGCGGGCGGUAAGGAGAACGUCCUUCCUAACAAGAGGGUUCGGAAAGCUUUAGCCCCCUCAUGGGCAUCGUCCUCCUCUCAAAUGAGUUCUACGGAUAUCUCUUUCGCAAUUGAAACUCCUAGUAAAUCAUUGGGUGAGGACACUUCAAUUUUAUUUUCUACUCCAUCGUCAAUAAUGAAAGACUCUUUGGGAGUGACAGGAUUGAUGGACUAUCCCCCGCAAGUGGGAUCCUCCAAGGUAGUUGGAUGGUUUCAUUUUGAAGAUAGUAAUUUCCUGUCCUAAAUCCUUCGUCCUUUACUGUCGUAUCCUUCUACAAAAAAAAACACAACUUCUCACCUUUUUGCUCUUCUCCUUUUUGUUAAAUGCAUUUUAGUAGUUCGGUAUUGGGCUCUCUAAAAAUCGUCUCUCUUUCUUCACACUUUCCUUCAGGCUGCUCUGAUUUAUGCAUGAAACGAAUCUAUAGAAAUUUCCGAAGGGAUAAUUGAAGUAGGUUUUAAACUAACGUAGGAUUUAAAUAAUAAAAAAUCAAAAAAAAUUAUGCAUACAUGCGAAUGAAGAAGGGUCGGUUGAAGUCGUGAUUAGUACAAAUUGUAGAGGUUUCCUUCCCGCUGAUUGUAGUUUUUUUGUGAAUGAUGAAAGUAAGGUGGUAUGCGUGCACUAUCGAAAUAAUACGAUUUAUAUUCUUCUUAUUUAUUAUGUACUUAUUUAGCUCUCCAAUUAUAUGCCAUAAUUUGUACAUGAACAAACAUAUUUUUGCAAAAUUAGGGCAAGUAGGUACGGUAACCACAUUAAAAAUGGUCGUGUAUACAGAAAAAAAGUGUUGUUUAAAAUGUACUCUAAGUUAUUUUUACAUUUCUUCUGUCUCGAUCAGUAAUUGUGCUAAAUAUCGCCUUCAGUUUUUCUUUCUAUAAUUCACAAUUAACUUGCAUAAUGCAUA